AUGCAUUGGAAUUCGAUGACAGCGCUUGCCCUGGCGGCGCCAGCCGCUGCCCUCCUGAGAUUCUCAUGCACUCAGCUCGUUAUUGACCGUGUCGACCCCUUGGUCAAUCCUGGCAUGAAACCAUCUCCUCAUCUACACCAAAUCAUCGGUGGCAACUCCUUCAAUGUGACGAUGGACCCGGCCAAGGAUAUGCCCGGCGAGUCGAGCUGUACAACCUGCCAGUUCUUAGAAGACUCGUCAAAUUAUUGGACGGCGGUACUCUUCUUCCAAGCCAGGAACGGAACCUUCAAGAGGGUACCAAUUAUGCCGAAUGUUGGCUUCGAGGGUGCCGAGGGCGGUAUGACCGUCUACUACAUGCAAAACGGCCUAGCAGACUAUCAGCAGACAUCUAAGGUCACCGCGUUCAGACCCGGCUUCCGGAUGAUCAUCGGUGAUCCCCUUACUCAUACCGCCUAUGACUCCAACCGCUUCAGACAGGUCACCUUUACCUGUCUGCAAGAUCCCGGGACUCGCUUCCCCGAAACGAAGAACUUUCCCAACAAGCCUUGCCCAGCUGGUAUCAUGGCUAAUAUUCGGUUCCCGACGUGCUGGGACGGCAAGAAUCUGGACACCGCAAAUCAUAUGGAUCAUAUGGCAUACCCGGCCAACGGCACCUUCGACUCCCGGGGGCCAUGCCCGGCAUCUCAUCCCGUUCCCGUGCCACAAUGUACGUGUAUAUUGAUGUAUGAGACCGUCUGGGAUACGAGGCAGUUCAAUAAUCCGGAGGACUGGCCUGAGGAUGGCUCGCAGCCAUUCGUUUGGAGCUUCGGCGACCAGACUGGCUAUGGCAGUCACGGUGACUACCUCUUUGGGUGGAAGGGUGACGCGCUGCAAAAGACGAUGGACACACCUUGCUACGUCAACUGCCCGACGCUGACGACACAGCCGGUGGCGGACCAGAACAAGUGCAAGGUAGCACGGUCUUAUGAGGAGGACAUCGAUGGCUGGCUCUCGGAGCUUCCGGGCAAUGCAGUUGUUUCGAGACGAUGGGCGGAAAAUCACUGA